AUUUUUAAAUUUCUGGUGAAAAAAACCCUAAACCCUAAUAUGAAUUUCUGGUGAUUUAAUUGUUUUUUAUCUCAAAAGAAAAAAAAAAUCUCGAUAAUAUGAAUCAGAACACUGUAAAUUCUCAAUUGUCUGUUAGAUUCCAACUUAAUUCAUCCAGAUGGUUUUGCAUUAUAAUAGUAUGUAGUGUUGUAUGUAAUCUGCUGCUUCUGCUAGAAUUUUGUUGAAUGGUUUAAUAAAAUGUCGGGGUCAAAGAGGCCUCCUCGAAGCAGUCAACCUUCGAUUGCGUAUAAAGCUAGGGAGGCAUCUUUUGAUCUUGGUGAUUCUGUUUUUGAAAGACAAGUACAUGCCUCGGCACACGCUGAUAAAAGAACGCAGAGUAAAGUAGAUGCUGAAGUAAAUACUCAUGAGAUUUUGAGCACAACUGAGCUCAUCUCUGCAGUUGGGCAAAUAUGGGAUCGUGUUAGUGAAAAAUCUAAUACUUGUAGUAGCGGCUCACAGAACAAUGUUGUCGUGGGUGAUCUGGCUGAAGAAGAUGUGCGUGUGUUAGGUUUAAAGAGAAAUGGUGGUACGUACUUUGAUGUUGAUGUCAAGACUGGGGGUAAUGUUACAAAUUUGUGGAGGCCAAAGUUGGAGUUUCUUACAAUAACUCAGAAGAUGUCGAAGUUUGGACCUUGCAGUAAAAACUUUGCUUGUCCAUUAUUCAAACAUGGAUGGAUGAAUGGGAUGCUUCGUCUUGAAUCUCCAUAUAGCGUUAAUGCCAGUAAGAUCGUUGAUGACAAGAAAACCGAUAAAAUGUACAAUUCAGUAAGUACAACGAGCCAGCGUGAAGGCUGUAUUCCUGGAGAUGCAACUGAUGCUGGAAAUAACAUUGAUUUGAAAAGUGAUGAUUUCAGUUCUGCUAUGUUCAAACCAAAAGAUGCAUCAUUGGAGGAUCUAAUGAAAAUGGGAAUGAAAACAGGAACAGUCGGUUCCCUCCACUUUGAUUAUUUUCGAGCUUACCGUGAUAGUAAUGUCAUUGGUAGUGCAUCAAAAGCAUCGAGGUCUAUUUCUUUUGUGGAUUAUUAUGUCAAAAUAUUAGUUCCACACACAAAUUCAAACGGAACAUUCCAAUGCAAUGCCGAUGAUAAUAUAAUGGAUAACAACAUAAGAAAACAACAUCAUGAGUAUGUUGCUGAGGACAAAAAUGUAAUUGAUAUUCGCUCUUCAGCAUGUGAAGGACCUUGUUAUGGAGUUGCUAAGCAGGAGCAUGCUUAUGCAGGUGCUUUUUCUGGUAUCUUUGUUAGCCUCUGUCUACAUCCUGUUGAUACAAUAAAGACAGUUUCUCAAUCUUAUCAUGCGGGGCAGAAAUCUGUCUGUGACAUUGGAAGGUCAAUUGUUUCGGAAAGAGGAGUAAAUGGGCUUUAUCGUGGAAUUUCAAGCAAUAUUGCAUCUUCAGCUCCUAUAUCUGCCAUUUACACUUUCACCUAUGAAUCAGUUAAAGGAUCCUUGCUUCCUCUUUUCUCUAAGGAGUAUCACUCUUUAGCCCAUUGCAUUGCAGGCGGGUCUGCAAGUGUUGCAACCUCUUUUGUUUUUACCCCCAGUGAGCGCAUAAAGCAGCAGAUGCAAAUUGGUUCACGCUAUCAUAAUUGCUGGAGUGCACUAAUUGGAAUAAUUGGCAGUGGUGGUUUACGAUCACUAUAUACCGGUUGGACAGCUGUACUCUGCCGAAAUGUUCCUCACUCAGUUAUUAAGUUUUACACAUAUGAAAGCUUGAAGCAAUUGAUAUUGCCAUCACAAAAGUCCACUGCUCAACCCAGCACAUUACAAACGCUAUUUUGUGGAGGAUUAGCAGGAUCCACUGCAGCUUUCUUCACAACUCCUUUUGAUGUGGUAAAGACAAGACUCCAGACACAGAUUCCUGGUUCUAUGAACCAGUAUGACAGUGUAUUUCACACCCUUAAGGAAAUAGGCAAGAAUGAAGGUUUGAAGGGUCUCUACAGGGGAUUAGUUCCGAGAUUGGUUAUGUAUAUGUCUCAAGGAGCACUCUUUUUUACAUCCUAUGAAUUCUUCAAAGGAUUAUUUUCGUUACGAGUUUCACAAUUUGCUGCUCAAAGAAUUCAGUUCAAAGAAGACGAUUCUACUCCAUUGUAAUUACCAUAAUAGUCAGCUUGGCAGGCUUUUUGAUUGCUGUAUAAUUGUUGAUGGUAUAUAGAUUAUUGCAUAAAUAAAUAGAUGACCCCAAAAAUGUGGGAUAGAAGCCAAAUGUUGUCAAUUCUUUUUGCCUUUUAGGCUACUCUUAAAGUUUGAGCAUUUCUCGAAUUGUAUUUUCAUGGUAAAUAAAAUUUGGAAUUUCUUAUUUA